AGUGAAAGUGAUCGUGCAGAGAGAGUGAGAGAUGGAGGUUCCCGGUUCAUCGCAGAAGAUGAUAGCGACACAAGAGGAGAUGGUGGAAGCGAAGGUUCCCCUUGCAUACAGGGACCAGUGCGCACACCUCCUCAUCCCUCUCAACAAGUGCCGCCAGGCCGAGCUCUACCUUUCAUGGAAGUGCGAGAACGAGCGUCACUCCUAUGAGAAGUGCCAGUAUGAGCUCCUCAUGGAGCGCAUGCUUCAGAUGCAGAAGAUCAAGGAACGAGCCUCCCUUAAUCACUCCCAAUCCAAGGGCGCCGCCUUUCCCGUCAUCCCUAAAACCGCCAAUGCUUGA